GUGUGUCCAUGCUGGAGAAGGGGGAAGGGAGAGCAAGAGGAACAGGAGCAAGUUCCUGCCUGCUUUCUCCCUCGUGGCUUUUAGAGGAUCAGGACUGCUCAGCACACCCAGGAGCGAGAGAGAUUUUGGAGCAAGAAUAAUGGAGAAGAGGGUUUGUUUUCCACAUUGUUAAAAAGGAAUUUAUAUGACCAACAAUGUACCUGUUUCAUAAAAUGGAAAACUAUGAAGUUUACCAGGGAAAACAAUGGAUCUACCUGAAAAUUUGGCUAAUUUUAUGCUUGUUUCCAAGAACCUGUGUAUCAAAUCCUUCAAAACCUAAYUUUUUACUUAUAUUGGCUGAUGAUCUUGGUAUUGGAGAUGUGGGUUGCUAUGGCAAUGACACAAUAAGGACCCCUAACAUUGAUGGCCUGGCAAAGGAUGGAGUGAGACUCACUCAGCACAUUGCUGCAGCAGCUGUGUGCACUCCAAGCAGAGCCGCCUUCCUGACUGGCAGAUACCCGAUCAGAUCAGGCAUGGCAUCCAGCACUCAACGGCAGGUYCUCUUCUGGAAUGGUGGUUCUGGGGGGCUCCCACCAAAUGAGACUACUUUUGCCAAAAUACUCCACCAGCAAGGUUAUUCUACAGCGCUUGUAGGGAAGUGGCAUAUGGGUGUGAACUGCAAAGCCCGCCAUGAUCACUGCCACCAUCCUUUAAAUCAUGGUUUUGGUUAUUUUUAUGGCAUGCCUUUUACCCUUGUGAAUGAGUGUCAAAGCACAGAUGACCCUGAACUGGCCAAAUCUUUGCAAGAUACGUAUUGGUUUUACACUCAGAUGAUCAUCGUCGCAGUAUUUACUCUUGUGAUUGGAAAACUUACCAAUUUAUUCCCRGUAAAAUGGAAAAUAAUCAUCUGUCUGGCUAUCUGCAGUCUCCUUUAUUUCAUCUCCUGGUUCUCCAGCUAYGGUUUCACCAAGUACUGGAACUGUAUCCUGAUGAGAAACCAUGAUAUCACUGAACAGCCAAUGGAUCUACAAAAAACUACAGCCAAUGUGCUGAAGGAGGCAGUUACAUUCAUUAACAGAAACAAGCAUAGACCAUUUCUUCUCUUUGUUUCCCUUUUACAUGUUCACACCCCUCUCAUUACCACAGAGAAGUUUMAGGGAAGAAGCAGGCAUGGCCUGUAUGGAGACAAUGUAGAGGAGAUGGACUGGAUGGUGGGUAGGCUUCUGGAUGUUAUUGACAAAGAGGGCUUGAAGAAUACCACAUUCAUUUAUUUUGCAUCUGAUCAUGGAGGAUUCUUAGAGGCCCACAGAGGAAAUUCUCAGUUGGGUGGAUGGAAUGGGAUCUAUAAAGGUGGAAAAGGAAUGGGAGGAUGGGAAGGAGGAAUCCGUGUUCCAGGUAUAGUUAGAUGGCCAGGAGUAUUGCCUGCAGGRAUGGUUAUYGAUGAACCUACAAGCCUUAUGGACAUUUAUCCUACAGUAGUUCAAUUGGCUGGAGGGGCAGUGCCUCAGGACAGGGUCAUAGAUGGGCACAAUUUGCUGCCCCUGCUGCAGGGGACAGUGCAGCACUCCAGGCACGAGUUCCUGUUCCACUACUGCGGUGCUUUCCUGCAUGCAGUGCGCUGGCACCAGAAGGACAGUGGCACCRUAUGGAAAGCUCAUUACACUACUCCAGUAUUUCACCCAGAAGCCUCUGGGGCCUGUUUCAGUAGAGGAAUUUGUCCCUGUUUYGGGGAUGGUGUAACCCAUCACGACCCUCCGCUGCUGUUCAAUCUCUCACAAGAUCCGUCUGAGGCCAGCCCUCUGUCGGCUGACACCGAGCCCUUGUUUGACUCUGUGAUCAGGAGAAUAAGAGGAGCUGUGGCAGAGCAUCGCAAGACGCUGACUCCAGUCCCACAACAGCUGUCUCCUUACAAUAAUAUAUGGAAGCCGUGGCUGCAGCCGUGCUGUGGGACAUUCCCRUUCUGCUGGUGUCAUGAAGAAAAUAACCAAGAAGAUAGCAUUGGUUAAUACUAAAAUCAAACUACGGUUAGCUUUAAAGACAUUGAUAUUUUUUCUCAUUCACGUGAGUGCAGUCAUACAGAGAUUAGAGAUAAAUGGUAAAUUACAUUCGAAUCACUAAAAGGGGCAUUGUUUUUGUUCAACCUUUUAUCCACAGAAAUUUAGUAAGCCUGCRGUUUAAAAAGAAAUUAGAGGUCACSUGUAUAAUCUACCCCUCAAGUGAAUAAUUUGGGAUCAAAUACCUAAUAAAUKAAACAAAAUUUCUUUUCUUACUGGUUUUCAAUUCAAGCAAAUGAUGACUGCUAAAAAACCAAAUUGUAAAUAGCAGAUGUUUGUUUGCACAGAAAAUCUGUUUUAAAACACAACAGGACUGAGCCCAAGAGAGUAUCUCUAUUCAGGCCUUACCUUUUAAUGAGAAAUAACCUGUUGCACAAAAAUGUAAGAUUGAUAACAAUGAAAAAAAAUAAGGAAAAAUAAAAUUGCACAUUUAAUUUGGGAACAUAUUCAAAUGCAUUGGCCUCUCAGUAAUAUACAGCAUAUUUUUACCUUAUCAUCUGUACAUGCACUUGUCUAUCAUGUGAGAAUUCCCAGGGAAAACUGAAGUGACAAGUAUGUUUAAAAAAUUAGAUAAAUAAAGUUAKCAUCUCGAGAUCAGUAGCAGAGUACCUAGCUAUUCUGAUAUGUUAAAUCACAAUAAUUCUUACUGACAUGUUUUCCACAUAAUUAAGUCCUAUCCCAACUUCCUUGAGAAGGAAAAAACAAAAAAAUCAUAUGGCCUCCUUAUCAAGCUUGUGAAAUUUGGGACCUGUGAGACCAAUUCAUAAAGCCUGCACAUCCCACUUGGGUGACAAUGCCUCAGAUUUCRUAAGAGUGCCAUUGUGCCCCCUGAAAAAUGGGCUUUGUUUUGUGAAAAAGCACUUUUUUCAGUAGGAGGUAUUAAUAAAAAAAUUCACCUCACAGACUAAUCACUUCUGAGUGCAGGUCAUCUUCUCCAAGCCAAAUGUGUCAGCACAAGUCAUUAGGGAGAGGGAAUUAAAAUAUCUAAUCCUCUCUUGCUGCACUUAGGCUAAAUGAAUUCAUCUCUCAAGAUAUAAUCCUAGCCAUGCUCUYGCAGGGGUUUUGUGUCAAAUGAGAUUUUCAAUGGGAGGUUCCUGUAUUUUURCCUCCCAAAAAAAUAGAUUGCAGGCAAGACACUCAGACUCUUAGUCUUCCUGAACCCUCUGUAUUCAACUCCUACAAUGCACCUAAWGGUCACCCAGGUUUUAAGAAGUAACAAGGGAUGGUAAGAGCUGCAGAGCAGCACACGAGAGUGCAUGUCUGGACUGUGCACCCCUUGCAGUGUUUUCAGAGAACCUCCUGACUUACACCUUAGGUCAGGGCUGUGGUGAGUCACUGCUGGGUAGCUCUAAACAGCAUAGGUUUUGAUCAUGAUGCAGCACCAAAUGCAGGUAUUUCUUCAGAUUAUUUCCCAUUUCACCUUUUCUCUAAAAGGUCACCAAGGAAGUUAUGUGGAAAACAUCCCACAUAAAUCAAAGGGCACAUGUGACAAUGCAAUGAUUAGAUGUAUCAAUGUCACACUGGACAGAAGUAUCUUAAAAUACGAAAAAAUCAUCCCUUACAAAAGUAAUAAUUGAACACUGGUGUAACACAUCAUUACUCUGAAAGUUAAAUUUGCUGAACUCCCAUAUAGUCAGAWGCUAAGGAAUCACAUAGAUAUCCAUGUUGCCUUUCUGACAUCCAAACACAGAUUAUUUUAUCUUAGCUGGCAUCUGUGGAAAGUCAGAGGGGCUUUCAGGCAUGAGGGGGAAGAAUUAGGGCUAGCAGCACAGAGAAGCAGCUUUUGUCAGCUGUUAAAGAUCUGAACCAGGCACAGGAAAUGUGCUUUUCCCACACUGAGAGGAAGAGGGCAGACAGAGCACACAGAGGGAUCUGCAGGCAGCCAGGAGAGAGAAGCAAUGGGAAAUUGCCGAAUAGGAUGCACAUCACUUCAAGAAACAUGGGGAACAGGAGAGAAGACUAUUUUCAGUCCUAAAUUCCUUUCAUUAUCUAAAGCUAAAUGUAUCUUAAAAGGUGCAAGUUUUGAGGAGACCGUGGUAAGCAGGAUAAGGAAGUUAAUUAUUUUGCCUUUUCCGUGCAGGUCCUAGCCAUGGAGCUGUUGCAGACUUCUUGGUCUGUAUACAUUUUAACAAAACAUGCAAGCUCUGCAUAAGGUGCUCUUGUGAUUUUCUGACAAAUGCAUAAUCCUUGUAAAGGAGAUGAACCCAACAUAACACUUGAGAUGGCCUUGUGAACCCAGCACAUAAAAUCCAUUAGUAGGCAAAAAAGCAGUCACAAAACCUUCUUGAAUAAGGGAAGGAAGAAACGUAAUUCAGUUCUGUAGGUUUCCUAAAAAAAUAAUCUAUAAUGAUAUUUUGAAAAAUAUAUUAAUGUGAUAAUAAAACCUAAAUUUUAUGCAUUCUCCCUUCCUUUCUCAUGGUUUCUCCCUUUGUAGCAAGGCACAAAGAGACUACAUAAAAUGGCCUAUUAGCAAAACCUGAGACAGCUGGCCAAUCUCCAAGCCAGCGUUAGCCAUGCAAGAACGUGCCUACACCGUUUAAUAGAGACACCAGAGAAAGGGAAGUAUUACUCUGUAACAAAUGAAGUUUGUUUUACUGAAAGAGCUGUGAUUGCACUGUGYAAAUGUUUGACUUUCAUGUUGUAUGAAGCCGACUUCCACUUAACUCGUUUGAUCAUUAUUAAAUGACAUUUGGAAUUGUUGCAUUAGUCUGACUCCACAGAGUCACUGUCAAGUCUCUCAGGAGUGAGACAAAAAGCUUCUAGGAAACCUCACUUCACCRUGUUUAAAUAUUGGACACAUUGCUUUGCUCCCUGCUAGGACUCCAGGGAGUGCCAGCACACAGAUCACAAGAUCACAUCAUUUAAGGCUGCAAAAUAAUUGUGUAACAAAUAAACUGAGAAAAGUAAUUUGAGCUCAAAAUUUAUCCAGCUUGAAAUUCCCAAGGACUCUGAGUAUAUUUGAGAGGCAUUUAGAYAAAUGACAGGGUAACAAAAACCCCUUUUGCUCAUGACAGAUUGUAGGUUAAAAUACAUACACACAGGCAYAUAUAUAGUGUUGAACCCAAUAAAACACUAGAAUUUCUGUAGGAUGUUUUUAUUGUAAUGUUACAUCUAAUCACCUCAAUUUAGAAAAAAAUCAGAUUUAUUCAAAACCUAAUUUCUUACUGUGUUACCAUACUAUUGCAUCACUAAGAUUUUUUGAAAGCAAGACAAAAAUAUUUUUCAAAAAGUCAUUAACUUGCCAUGUUGAGAUAAAUGGGGUUACUAUGGGAUCCAAACCACUCUGGCUUCUGCUCUGCCAUGUGUCUAAAAGUUGUGAGUAAAAGGUUUGGAACAGGAAGCAUUUAUGGAGGUUUGAAAAAAAAAAAGUCUUCAAACUAAACAAAACAUAAAAGAGGUGCCCAUUCAUCACACACAGUCAGUUCUGUUCCAAGUACUUAACAUGAUUUGAAGGCUCUGAAAAUACUACUGCUCUAAAAUAAACAAAUAAUCUCUUUCAGAUAUUUACUGUUCGAAAAGCUUUACAAUGCCAUAAAAUUGAACAGUUUUCCAAGGCAGCUAAUGUCAUGCCAUCCUGACAAGUAUUAAAAUAAUCAAGUCAGAGGCUCUCUGUCUUGGAAUUUUAGGGUUUUUAUUUCUCCAAUUUGAAGCUGAAAGGGUUCUAAGAACAGUCAAAUUAAAAGUCAAGAAAAAAAUUCUUGCAACUGUAUUUUUUCCUUUACUCAUAUAAUUGUAAGUUUUAUAGCAAUUAUAAAAGUUUUAGUCAAUUACAUUUUUUAGCUACCUUUGCUAUAAUUAUGGUAUAAUGUUAAUACAAACCGAAAGCUUAUAGCAGGAUGCAAAGUGUAACUUAAAAAUUGAAAGUUGUGACUUUCAACACAAAAGAAGCUGUUGAUUAGCCAUCCAAUUUGGGAUAAACAGAAUUUUGGCUGAAAUAUUCUGCAACCAAUAUACUGACAGUGCAGACUACUUCAAUGAGCAGUAUCAACUGACAUGUAUUUUUGGAAGCCAUUUAAGAAUUUACUACCAUACAUUUAAUCUCAUAUAUGGGGCUGAUAAAAAGCAAACAAGCAAACCAAAAAAAAAAACCAAACCAACAAAAAUUCAAACUACUAAAAUAAAAUCCCAAAAUUAUGAAAACUGGGGGGAAAUUGGAAUGUGAGAUUUGAAAUAAUCAGCUAUGAAUUAAAAAAAAAAACCAAACAUGCUCAUUUCUUCUUAUGUUCAAAGUUACUGGAAUCAAACCAGUUUAGAUUAGGAAAGUAAGAGAAUCAGAUCCAUUAAGGAAUAAAUAGGCAUACUGUAGACUUACUGGUGAACAGCUAGAUGUUUAUAAGAGCAAACAGAAAUAUCAAGCACCUGCUACUAACGCAGCCUCCCAUUYAUGGACAGAAAAAUCAUGGUGAAGAAAAACAAACAAAACAAAGCAUUUUGUCAAGUGCCAGCUUUAGAAAAAAMCCUUGCUGUGAGCUGACUGAUUCAGAGAGACAAAGAAAACUUAUUUCCCAAGAAUAACCCAGAUGGAAAAGUCCUCACAAGACACUAGGCAGUAAGUAAAGCGAUACUUCAAGAACUACAAUUUCCUUUUCCUGCAGGUUCUGAAGUGCAUUAACCCACAUGUCUAAAAUUUUCAAGAAUUUUUGUGUGGAGCACCCACACYAUCUCCUCCUUAUACAUGAAGAGGACCCAAUAAAGAUGUUGUAUGGCAAAUAAAAGUACCCUCUAAGUCAAGCUGUGAAUAAUUCCAAGCACAUGAAGAAUAAGCAUGUUUUGUUUUAAACACAAGCUGUCCUCCUUAAAUACCGAGUCUGCCACACAAUAGUACAUCAUAGUCUGGCCUUGUUUAAAGAUGCCACCAUAAACUUACAUUUCUUAACUUUCUCUACCCUAAAAAUACUUGAGGCUAUACCACAAUUUAAUGUGGUAAAAAAAUUCCAAGUGAAGCUUGGUAACCAUUUUUUCCCCAAGAUGCAUUUUGAC